GAUGGGCAGAGUGUCUGUGAGGCAGAGGCUGUGUCUAUGACAUGCCACCUGUUGCACUGACUGACAUCUCACUGGUUGCAUAGUGUUAAACCAAACAAAAGCUCGUGUGAGUUUGGAGAGUGGUUCUGUAUUUUAUGUAAACAACCUCUCCGUUCCAGGAAACUGCCGUUUACAGAGAGGUUGAACUAACUGAGAAAGAUUAACCAAAAAAAGUCAUCUCAAGCAAAAGAGUUCAUGAUUAUGAUUAUGUCGGUCUCUGUUUUCACUGAGAAAAUAUGUGGACUCAAAUCCAAUAAACACAAACUGCGAGUGUGAUUGGGAGCUGUGUGAACCUAUGGACUGACUCCCUAAAACAUGUGACAUUAAGCAAACACGCAUGUUGCCAAACUUUGUGUUCCCAGUAACUCACACAGAAUAAAUCAGGGUUUGAGUUGCCUGUAAAGAAUUUUAUGAAUGUAAAUAACUAAUAAAUUGAAAGAUAACAGCAGUUUCAGUAGUGCAGGCAGGCGAUGAGAAUAUUCUCAGAGUUGUGUUUCAUGAUCUAAUUUGAUACUCUGACCAAAGAGAUAACCAGAGAAUGAUCUCUGAGUAGUGAUAUCACUCACAAUCAAAAUAUUAAUGGCAGCAGCUGGAGCCGGACAUUAAUUCACUUAUAAAAUGUAUUUCAGUAAUGUGUGAUUCAUCAACAUUAGCAGCACCAUCUAAGCAGCUCUCAGUAUGUCUCAAUGAGAUUCCAGUUCACAUUCAGAAUCCGUGUUACAUGCUGAAAUUUUUGAGCAAGUGCAUGAUUCACACCAAAAACAGGCUCUACUUUUUCCCUUUUCUUCUGAUCAGAAUGUGAAUGUCACCAUGAGCCAUGUGGGUCAGUUAAUGCACUAUUUUGGUCCAGACUAUUGGAUGGGUCGCCAUGACAUUUUGUACAGACAUUCAUGAUGCCCAAAGGAUGAAGCCUAAUUACCCACCACCAGCAGGUUAAAAGUUUCACCCAUCAAGUGAACAUCUACAUGAUGGAUUGGCACAACAUUUUGUAUAAAACCUUCACAGUUGCCCUGAAAACAAAUCCUAAUGACUUUGGUGAAAUUUGUAAUAUGUCUAAUACUUUGGUUAAUGACUAAAUUCCUGCAAAAUUAAUGACAUUCCCAUCAGUCUCAGUUGUACUUUGUGUUUAGUGCUAAUUAGCAAAUGUUAGCAUGCUAACCUGCCAACUAGCAUGCUAACCUGCCAAACUAAGAUGAUAAACAUUGGUAAACAACAUGGUAAACAAGGAUACCGCUGCUUCAAGAUGGUCAUGUUCUUCUCCGGCUUCAUGUUUGGAUCAGCAGCCGUCGUCCUGUUGUACCACAAAGAGCCUGUUCUGGACGCCCAGUUGGGCACAGAGACCAAAGCAGGGAUCGGCCUGGGCGUUGGUGUGCUCUGCGGGCUGAUGACCAUGCUGGUGUCCACUAUGGGACUCAUCCUCAGCGGCAUACAGCUGGGGGGCCUGAUCUCCCUCCCCAUCCUGGUGGUCAUCGGACAGUUUUACAGCCUUACUCCAGUGUGGGUGCCUCUCAGUGCCGUAGUGGCCGUCAGCGUUGUCACUGCUGUCUUCACAAUUCAGUGGCAGAAACUGUUCACCAUCAUCUACACAUCUGUGUUUGGAGCGACCGCCGUGAUGCUGUGUGUGGAUUACCUGGUUGGGACGUUCAUGUUGCCAGAUCAGGUGUACGAUAUGCUUUGUCAAGCUGCACCACGUCCACUCUGCUGGUUUAACUGGGCGAUCACUGGGAUCUUUCCUGUUUUGAGUCUGAUAGGUGUGUUGGUGCAGUGGAAGUUGACUGGCAAAGGAGUAUCACACACAGAAGCUGCACAAAAAAAACAGAAGAAAAACGCCAGGAAGCACAGACAUAGAGAGUCAAGAAGAGGACCUCAACCACACCGUCGGCGCAGGCCUCCACCUCUGAAACGCUACGCCGGGGACGUCCUGGCACCGAGUUAUCUCCAGAGCCUUCAGGAGCACCAGAUGGGAACGGGCUCCUCCUGCAGCAGCGUCAGCACUAUCACACAUACUCUAAUUGACUUUGACUUUGAGACGGGCUCCAUGGUGCCUCUGACUGCUGCCUCUCCGGUGUUUGCGGUCUGAAGGAAUAGAGCGUCAAAUACAUGUAAACUGCAUAUAUAUCUGAGGAGUCCGUUACCUUAUACCUGAUUAUUACAACAUUACUUUGACCUGUUCACUUUCACGGAAACAAUUCAACCAUUUUGAUGAGUGGCUUCGUCAGAUAAUCGUCAACAUGCACACAGAGAUCCUUGGAGAUCAUGCUGUGAAUGAUGAUAAGACAAAAUAACACAACAUACACAGCGGAGACUUUGAGUUUUACAGUUGUGCUGUUUUGUUUCACACCAUGCCAACAGCAAAACAACUUUUUAUUCUCCAAAUAUUAUCACAUCCUCUCGGAAAAACUCCAUGUGAACGGAUACAAA